GUUAACAAUCUAGACGAGUUACUGGAGUUUACUUCACAAAUACAGUUCACAAACUUAUUUUGUGAAACACGUCAAUACGUUGAAACUUGUUAAUAAUUUACUAAACAAGAUGGUAUCAAAAAGGAAAUAUAUAGAUAUUGGAGCAAAUCUUACAGAUUUAAUGUACACUGGUAUUUAUAAUGGUAGCAAGAAACAUGAAGAAGAUUUAGCAGCUGUCUUAACACGUAGUUUUGAUGCUGGUUUAGAUAAACUUAUAAUAACAGGAGGCAAUUAUGAAGAAAGUAGGAAAGCUUUGGAGAUGUCAACCACUAAUGAUAGUUUAUUUAGCACAGCAGGUUGUCAUCCAACAAGAUGUUUAGAGUUUGAGGCAGAAGGUGAGACUCCUGAGAACUAUUUGGACAAGUUGAGGAAUUUAAUUAAAAGCAACAUUGGUAAAAUAGUUGCUGUGGGAGAAUGUGGUUUAGAUUAUGACAGAGUACAGUUUUGCCCCAUUGAUGUUCAAAAAAAAUAUUUUGAAAUGCAGUUGAAACUUGGAGAUGAAACUAAACUGCCUUUGUUUUUACACUGUCGAAACGCGGCUGAAGAUUUAAUUACGAUUCUCCAGAAAUAUUCGGGUUUGAAAGGUGUCGUGCAUUCAUUUGAUGGCACCAAAGAGGAAGCUGACAAGUUUAUUGACUUGGGAUACUAUAUUGGCAUUAAUGGCUGUUCACUAAAAACUAAAGAAAAUCUAGAAACAGUUAAAUUACUUCCUGUUGAGAAGCUCUUAAUAGAAACUGAUUGUCCAUGGUGUGAGAUAAGACCAAGUCAUGCAGGAUAUUCCCUCAUUUCAAAAAGUAGCUUUCACGAAAGCGUUAAAAAAGAAAAAUGGAAUUCUACCUCAAUGGUGAAAGGCAGAAAUGAACCAGCUAACAUAAGCCAUGUACUCGACGUGAUAGCCGCAGUGAAAAAUCAAAACCCCGACGAGCUCGCAGCGCAGAUUCAUAGAAACACCCAAGAUUUAUUCUUCUCUGCGUGAUAAUCAAUAUUGGUACAACGAGAUUAAAAUUAAUAUCGGUCCCAGUAUAAAAUAAUUCUAUUGUAACAACAAAUACUUUCGUACACAAAUAAAUGGCGUUGGAAUGAUCGACGAAGAUAAAAACAAUUGAUAACACAUAAUUCAACGAAUCAGGCGCAUAUGAUAUUAUUACAAAUAAGUGAAGUCACAGACGAAAGAAGUAUAAAAUAUUUAUGUAUAUAAUAGUAUGUAAAUGCUACCUAAACCUUAGUUUUAAAUCACUUGAUAGCAGUCAUGAUUUUGUUAUAGAGCCAGCUAUAAUAUUCCUGUGCUUUCUCGGUGCCCAGUUGCACGGUGGCGGUGAUAGUUUUCAGGAUUUCCUCAGGUGCAAGCUUACCA